AUGUACUACCUCUCUUCGCUUCUACCGGCUUACCAUAUCCCCUACGUCACAUAUAUACCAAAGCUGUCGCAGGCGGAGUUAAUCUAUCGUCCGACGUCUCGCACGGUCACUCGACUCGUCACCUACCCCGAAGCCCCGCACCACGUAGUGCGUGUUCGCGUCCGUCCGUCCGUCAUCUUGCGCGAACUGGACCGCAUCGCGUAUAAACGCAGACCUGCGCUUGCUGUGUCUGCUAUAGACGACUUCUAUCGCUCCGAAUCUACUAAGGCGUUUGAAGAUGAGACCCGCCGCAUCAGAGCCGACACAGCAUCUCUGCUCCACCGCGCUCGUUCUGUGGUACCACGGGCUAAAACUGUUGCUCCGCUAGAAACCAUCUAUUCAUACUCCUAUGGCGAGCCGGUGCCCUAUCGUUUUAGUAACGACGCCUACAUCGCAAAACUGCUCUUGCCACUGAGAAAUGUUUCUGAGAACAUCCAUAACAUUUCCUUCUACAACGAACCCGCUAAGAAGUUCACAGGACGCGGCAACCUCGCGUGCGUGCACUACUCCGGCAAUAAGGCCUUCUCCAACCGCAGACCCCUCUACAAGGAACUAAGCAUCAGAGAUGACGUCAACCUCUUAUCCUUUUACGCAAAGAACCGACUCGCCGCCGCCGGUCUUGCCGUCGAGAACGCCACAGUGAAACUCCUUCCGUGGAGGCCGAGCCGCAAGUUCCAGGCGCCUAAAAUGAUGGAAGAUCCAGCGCUGGAAUUGAAAGCUGCCAAGGCCGAACGCGCUGAGAGAUUUCGCGCUACCACUGCUGAGCCAGUUCUCACGCCAUCUGUUGAUUUGGCUGAGAUUAAGAGGAAACGCCAAGAGGAAGCCCGUGCUGCAGAAGAGAAAGCUCUAAAGGAAGAGGCUAAACGGGAAUCAGAAAGGAAAGCUCAGCAGGCUGAACGUGAGGCUGGAGAAAGGAAAAGAGCAGAACAGGAGGCACGUAAAGCAGAAGAAGCUAAGCGUAAGGCAGAAGAAGAAGCUAGGAAAGCUGAAGAGGAGGCAAGAAAGGCGGAGGAGGAGGCAAAAUUAGCUGAAGAGGCUAGACUGGCGGAAGAGGCACGAAAGGCCGAAGAAGCAAGACUUGCAGAAGAAGCCAGGUUAGCUGAAGAAGCCAGAUUAGCAGAAGAGGCUCGCUUAGCUGAAGAAGCCAGAUUAGCAGAAGAAGCUAGGUUAGCUGAAGAAGCCAGAUUAGCAGAGGAGGCCAGAUUAGCUGAGGAAGCCCGAUUAGCGGAGGAGGCAAAGGCGGCUGAAGAGGCUAGAUUGGCGGAAGAAGCCAGGUUAGCUGAAGAAGAAAAACUAGCUGAACAGAGAAGACAAGAGGAAUUAACUAGGCUAGAAGAACUAGAACGACAAGCACAGGAGGAGCGUGAAGACGAACUUGCACGCCAGGCUGCUGAGUUGGCUGAAAUUGCAAGGCAAGAAUCUGAACUAGCAGCGGCGCGUUUGGAGGAGUUAUCACGAAGCGGCUCUGCUGCUGAUGUUGUGGACGAGUCAAGCGAUGUCCCGGCCGAUGAGAGCCAACCAAUCGUUGAAGAACCCUUAAGCCCUGAAGAAGCACCCGAGGCUGCUGUUGUUGCGGACGACGCAGACGUAGCCGAAGUCAGUGAAGAUGAAAAAGCAGAACCCGAUGUAACAGACGAAGAAUAA